CUAAACGUAGCUCGUAAAGUAUCCGAACUGUUCGCUAGGCGUGGGUUUCGACGGUCGAAGAACGUGGUUCGAAGUGUGAGCGCGAGUGCGAGUAUAAGUGCGAUCGGGUACGGAACUCGACGAACGUGAACGAGAGCUUGCGGUCCGCAUUCGUACACGUUUCAGGGCCACGAGCCGACUCCCGGAAACUGCGUCGCGACGUGCCGCGACACAUUGCAACGCUUUAAUCUUAGAGUUUUCGCUUUGAUUUUUGCGAUUUUUGAAAAUUUUCAAUCAUCGAUUAUUGAUCUCUCAUCAUUUAUUGUGUACAUUUUUUAUUCAUACGUUUCUUCUACACGUUUUAUUUCAUUCACAUGUCUUCUUAUUUUUAAAUUUGUAUCGAAAUUGGAUAAUUCCAACGAUUGUCUACAGGUAUAAUUGAUUGAUUGAUCGGUCGGUCGAUCGAUCGAUCGGUCGGUCUAUCGGUCGAUCGAUCGAUCGAUCGAUUAAUAAAUUGUCAGAUUGAUAAGUAGAUAGAUGGAUAGGUCCCAAGGAAAAACAGAAAUGGAAAUUGGAUCGCAGAUAUUACUUGCGAUGUUAGGAAUCGCUUAACGGAACAUGAAUUCGGUAUGAAAAUCGAUCGAAUCAAUCACGAAUUUCCUUUGCAAAAAUAUAUUGAUAAUCAAAAUAUCGAUACGCGAGUCAAGAAGCGCCGUUUUAUUCGAUUCCAAACGAAAAAAGGACAGAAAGAAAAGAAAAGAGGAGGAAGAAGAGAACAGGAAGAAAGUGGAAGGAAGUGGAGAAAGAUUGCACGAAAAAAAACUUUCUAUCAGAGUGUCUCACGAGAAACGAUGACUCUUGUGACAAACACUAUAUCUUAUGCAUGCCAACCGAUUGGUAGAGAAUCCUACGAUGUUUAUCGGCAUCACUUACAACUUCGGCAUCAUAAUCAUCAUCUUCAUCGUUAUUAUUACCAUCGGCAUCAUCAUCAGUAUUAUCAUCAUUAUCAUUAUCGUCGACGACAAAGUGUAUAUACUAUCGAUAAUCCUUCAAUUGAAUAUCUGCAAAGACACCUAACUGAAGAAAAUGUGGAUGAAGAAACGAAAAGUCGUAUAAUCGAGACAGCUGAAAAUGACUUUGCAUUAGGAUCGACGAGCUCUCAACGCUAUCAAUCGCAACCAUUACGAUACGCGGUGGACUCGGACGACGCAUCGUCCAUCGUAUCGGUGGAUGCUUCGGCUGAUCUUGAAUCCGGUUCCGUCGAGGCCGAGGAGAGCAACGAGGGUAAUGAAUUGAAUGAAUCAAACGAAAGGAGUAACGAAUUGAACGAAACCGAACUACAUGAACAUGUGCCUCAUCCUGAUGUGGCUCUGGAUGCCGCUACCUCAGUACAUGGACCUCGCCGAUGUUUACUUUGGGCUUGCAAAGCUUGCAAGAAGAAAACUGUCACUGUCGAUCGAAGAAAAGCUGCUACUUUACGAGAAAGAAGACGUUUGAGAAAAGUAAAUGAGGCAUUUGAAAUUUUAAAAAGAAGAACAAGUAAUAAUCCCAAUCAACGUUUACCAAAAGUUGAGAUUUUAAGGAACGCAAUUGAGUAUAUCGAAGGUCUUGAAGCAUUGUUGCAGAACAACAGAUCUUCCUUAGCUGAAGAUCAUAGCUCGGUCGAAAAUACGACACUAAAUCGGCCAAUUGUGGACUACUGUGCGGUGCGUUACCCCCUACCUGUACUACUUUCGAUGCAUGGUCACGGAUACAACUUCUCCGCGAUACAUGACGGAAAAACUGAGACAAUUUUCAGAUCCUUUGGCAAGAUUUCAGCCUAUCAAUGAAUUCGAGGAAAUGCUGGAAUCGCAGUCAUCUCAACUCAAUGGAAGCAGCUUGGAACGCCUUAAUAUGAUUGUUCAAAGUAUCAACGGACCGACUUGUGCAACCACUGAUACGCUUCGAUAUCCUUCGCAUCAAUGACACUGUUCGAAUAUCAAUACAGAUACAGAUGUUUGAAAUAUGAAAAAUCGAAGAAUUUUUUUUUCUCGUUCCUUAUUGAUUCAUUGUUAAAUGCAUCAUCAAAUGGAUACAAAGUUCCUAAAUUAUUAUGAAUUAAUGAAAAUAUCUAUUAUUCUUUUUAAUGUUAAUAUGCAGCAAUUAUUUUUUUUUGAGUCUAUCUGAUAUCUCGUUAUCAAUUAAUUAAAUUAAGUAUGUAUCUAUUUACGCAUCAUUCGCCAAUCAUAUUUUAUUAAUAAGAGAAUUUUAAACAAAAUAAUCUUAUAUAAUCUUAUAAUCUUAUAAUCUUAUACACAAGUUAUCUAAUCUUUUGUAUAUAAAUACGUAUGCACAGUGUAUAUAUAUAUUUUAUAUGUUUGUAUAUAAAUAUGUAUAUAUAAUGUAUACGUACAAUGAUGUAUUGCUGCGAAAAAAUAAGUAUAUACUGGUAUGGUACAAAGACAAAAAAAAAAUACGCUAAUACAUAUAUGUAUUUAUUUCGCUUAAUUCAUUAUAUUCGCUUAUCAUUAUACGAUAAUAUUAUUUGAGAUAUGAGACUUUUGAUUAAUGCCUAUUGCAUGCUUAUUGUUAUUAUUAUAUUAGAUUUAUUAGAAGUAAUCAGACUUGCAUUCCUUUCAAAGGAUUUUUUUUUGAAUAGUAUAUAAUAUAUAUCUAUAUACAUAUACACAAAUUUGUAAGCGCAAAUAAUAAAAUAUAUGAGAAUAUGUUAAAUUUCGUAAUAAUA